AUGGAGUUCACUACAAUCAAGAUUGUGGCUCUGUACAUGGUGUUUUCUUUUGUUAUGGGAGCCGAACAAGGCGGAUAUUCGUCCAUAAAAACGGAUGCCGAGGCUCUUCUCUCCUUCAAGAAGAUGAUUCACAGUGAUCCUAAUGGAGUUCUGUCAGACUGGCAGCUUAAGAAAGAUCCAUGUAAUUGGUAUGGAAUUACAUGCAAUCUUGGAAGAGUGACAGCUCUUGAUCUUGCUCAGUCUAAUCUUGUUGGUCAACUCUCUUUUUCUCCUUUUUCUUCAUUAGAUAUGUUAACUGCCCUAAAUUUGUCUGCCAAUACAUUUGCUAUAAAUUCUACUACAUCUUUGCUUCAGCUCCCUUAUGGAUUGAAACAACUUGAACUUUCUUUUUCUGGCCUUGUAGGUCAUAUCCCUGAAAGUUUUUUUGCUAAGUGCCCGAAUCUUGUUCAUGUGAAUCUUGCUUUCAAUAAUAUAACAGGUUUUCUACCUGAUAAUCUUAUGUUGCACAUUGAUAAUUUGCAAGAUCUUGAUCUGUCUUACAACAAUAUUUCAGGUUCAAUAUCAUACUUGAAAAUUGAAUCCUGCAAUUCCUUGUUGCGUCUAGAUUGGUCUGGGAACCAAAUGAUUGGUUCUCUUCCUGCUUCCUUUUCAAACUGCACAAAACUUGAAGAGUUAAUUUUACAAGAUAAUUCACUCACCGGGGAAAUCCCGCCUUCUUUUGGUGAACUUACGAGCUUACAAAGAUUAGAUCUUUCUCACAAUCAUCUCACUGGUUGGAUCCCGUCCGAAUUGGGAAAUUCAUGCAAUUCACUAUCGGAACUUAAGCUGUCUAAUAACAACCUUACUGGAUCAAUACCAUCCUCAUUCUCAUCUUGUAGUCUCCUACUACUUCUUGAUUUGUCCAUCAAUAAUUUAACUGGUCCUUUUCCUGAUUUGAUCCUGCACAACUUAGGGACUUUAGAGACCUUGCUACUUAAAAGUAACAGGAUCUCUGGAGCAUUUCCUUCUUCAAUUUCAUCAUGUAAGAAAUUACGAGUUGUUGAUUUCAGCUCCAACAUGCUUUCUGGGAUCAUCCCACCAGAUAUAUGCCCCGGAGCCAGUUCACUCGAAGAGCUGAGAGCACCAGAUAAUUCACUUUUUGGAUCAAUUCCACCUCAAUUAUCUCAAUGUUCACAGCUAAAGACCAUUGAUUUCAGCAUAAAUUACAUCAAUGGUACGAUUCCAGCUGAACUCGGGAAUCUUGAGAAUCUAGAGCAACUGAUUGCCUGGUACAACAGCUUGGGAGGUAAUAUACCGGCAGAAUUGGGAAAAUGCAAGAAACUGAAAAAUCUUAUUCUGAAUAAUAACCAUUUAAGUGGCAGAAUCCCAACAGAGUUGUUCAAUAGUGUUAAUCUGGAAUGGAUUUCACUCACAAGCAAUGGAAUGAGUGGUGAGAUUCCACGAGAAUUCGGGUAUCUAGCCAGGCUAGCUGUUUUGCAACUUGCAAAUAAUAGCUUGAGUGGUCAGAUACCGAAAGAGUUAGCAAAUUGCACCAGCUUAGUUUGGUUGGACUUGAACAGCAACCAGCUAAGUGGAGAGAUCCCGCCUCGACUUGGAAGGCAGAAUGGAUCAAAAGCAAUCAGUGGAAUUCUCUCAGGCAACACAUUGGUUUUUGUCCGAAAUGUGGGGAAUUCGUGCAGAGGAGUUGGAGGGUUGGUUGAGUUCUCCGGCAUUCGUCCUGAAAGGCUGUUACAGGUGCCAUCAUUGAGAAGUUGUGAUUUUGCACGAUUGUAUUCUGGUCCAGUUCUGAGUCUUUUCACCCGUUACCAGACUCUCGAGUAUCUUGAUAUUUCUUAUAAUCAGUUACGAGGGAAAAUCCCAGAUGAAUUCGGGGAAAUGAUAGCUUUACAAGUUCUCGUGUUGUCCCAUAAUCAGCUAUCGGGGGAAAUUCCCGAGUCUCUAGGUCAGCUUAAGAACAUGGGAGUCUUUGACGCAUCUCAUAACAGACUACAGGGGCAUAUUCCAGACUCCUUUUCACAACUGUCUUUCUUGGUGCAAAUCGAUCUCUCCAACAAUGAAUUGACGGGACGAAUUCCAUCCACGGGGCAGCUUAGUACACUUCCUGCAAGCCAGUAUGCAAAUAAUCCAGGAUUAUGUGGAGUUCCAUUGCCUGAAUGCCAGUACAAUAACAAUCAGCAGCCUACAACAAAUCCAAGUAGGGAUGGUAAAAAAGGGGCUGCUACAUCAUGGGUUAGUAGCGUUGUGAUUGGGAUUCUUAUUUCAAUAGCUUCUGUCUGCAUUCUGAUUGUGUGGGCAAUUGCAAUACGUGCUAGACGUAAGGAGGCGGAGGGAAUCAAGAUGCUUAAUAGUUUACAAGCAUCGCAAGCUGCAACAACAUGGAAAAUUGAGAAGGAGAAAGAGCCACUAAGCAUUAAUGUUGCAACUUUUCAGAGGCAACUGAAGAAACUCAAGUUUUCGCAACUGAUUGAGGCUACCAAUGGAUUCUCAGCAGCAAGUAUGAUUGGCUCUGGAGGAUUUGGUGAAGUAUUUAAGGCAACAUUGAAGGAUGGAUCAAGUGUUGCAAUCAAAAAAUUACUACGAUUAAGCUGCCAGGGUGACAGGGAAUUCAUGGCUGAAAUGGAGACCCUAGGAAAGAUCAAGCACAGGAAUCUUGUCCCUCUUUUAGGGUACUGCAAGGUUGGUGAAGAAAGGCUCCUGGUGUACGAGUUUAUGGAAUAUGGGAGCCUUGAGGAAAUGCUCCACGGGAGGCCAAGAGUGCGUGACCGAAGAAUUUUAACAUGGGAAGAAAGGAAAAAGAUAGCAAGAGGUGCUGCUAAAGGUCUCUGUUUCCUCCACCACAAUUGCAUACCUCACAUUAUUCAUCGAGACAUGAAAUCAAGCAAUGUGCUAUUAGACAAUGAAAUGGAAGCCCGGGUCUCUGAUUUCGGUAUGGCCAGGCUUAUCAGUGCCCUGGACACACACCUAAGUGUGAGUACAUUAGCCGGUACACCUGGCUAUGUCCCCCCUGAAUACUACCAAAGCUUCCGAUGCACUUCAAGGGGCGACGUUUAUUCAUUUGGGGUCAUCCUCUUAGAACUCCUUGCUGGGAAAAGGCCUACAGAUAAGGAAGAUUUUGGAGACACCAAUUUGGUUGGGUGGGUGAAAAUGAAAGUGAGAGAAGGAAAAGGAAUGGAAGUAAUAGAUCAAGAGUUACUUUCAGUAACUAAAGGUACUGACGAAGCGGAAGCAGAACAAAUUAAAGAGAUGGUAAGGUACUUGGAGAUAUCACUGCAGUGCGUUGAUGAUUUCCCAUCCAAAAGGCCUACUAUGUUGCAGGUGGUAGCCAUGUUGAGAGAACUCAUAUUACCAAAUUCUACUGGAAGCAACAGUGCUUGA